UGGGUGGACUAGGCGGUUUUGGUUUAGAGCUAGCAGAUUGGUUGACUUUUCGAGGUGCAAAAAAUCUGGUAUUAACAUCACGAACCGGGAUCAGAACAGGUUAUCAGCAAUCAAGAGUAAAGCUAUGGCGAUCUUACGGUGUGGAUGUACAGAUUGUUACAGUGGAUGAUAAUUUGAAACAUGAAGACUGCGAAUCUAUAUUAAAAUUUGCUGAAGAAAAAGCACCAGUGGAUGCUAUAUUUAAUCUUGCAGUUGUUUUAAAAGAUUGUACAUUCCAAAAUCAAUCACCACAAACGUUCGAGGAUUCGUUCAAAUCGAAAGCAUGGAUGACGAAGAAAAUGGACGAAUUGUCGAGAACGAUAUGUCCACAACUUCGACAUUUUGUUGUUUUUUCCUCCGUCUCGUGUGGAAGAGGAAACGCAGGCCAGACAAAUUAUGGGAUGGCUAAUUCCGUAAUGGAGAGAAUCUGUGAGAAAAGGACGGAAGAAGGAUUACACGGUUUAGCGAUACAGUGGGGUGCUAUUGGUGAUGUCGGACUCGUGGCAGAUAUGCAAGAAGAAAAUAAGGAAUUGGUUAUUGGAGGUACAUUGCAACAACGAAUAUCUUCCUGUUUGGAUACAUUAGAAGUAUUUCUGCUACAAGACCGGCCUGUCGUAAGCAGUAUGGUUGUUGCUGAAAAAACCAAAAUUGGCGGAUCAAUGAACAUUUCUGAAACGGUUGCUCAUAUCAUGGGAUUAAAGAACAUAAACACAGUGCCACCAAACGUACCACUGGUCGAAAUGGGUAUGGAUUCGAUGAUGGCAGUUGAAAUUAAGCAGACGUUGGAAAGAGAGUUCGAUAUUUCCUUGACAGCGCAAGACAUUAGAACUCUAAAUUUUGCUAAAUUAAAACAAAUAACAAUUACAGGCAUACAAGAAAAGAUACACAAUACAAAUAAAAUUAGUGAAGAUUUUGACGUGCUGAUUCGAAAAACGAAGGAUGCAGACUUUGUUCCAGAUAUUCUUGUAGAAUUUAUUACCAAGAAAGAGGUUGAUCGAGGUAAUAUAUUUCUCUUACCAGGAAUCGAAGGAUGUUCAAGCGUAUAUAAAACUAUGGCAUCAGGAAUUAAAUUUUCGGCAACGUGUUUGCAACAUGGUGUACUUAAUAUUCCUGACGACAGUCAUUCAGUGAUGAAGUCAGCCGCUUAUUUGCUGCCUCACAUAUUAAAGAAAAUGAAAGAUCAAAGGAAAUUUCUGAUAGUGGGUUAUUCGUUCGGAUCCUUAAUUGCCAUUGAAUUAGCAAGAUUAUUAGAAGCUAAAGAUUUCUCAGGACGAUUAAUACUAAUAGACGGCGCUCCUGACCAAAUGAAAAUUUUGGUUAAUCAAUAUUUUCACUGUGCUUCACUAGAAGAGUUACGAAGUACAGUUUUACUUGGUUUAUUGGGAAUGUACGCUACAAUUAAUAAAGAAACGCUUGCGUUAGAGCUGAAUAAAUGUAACACGGACGAAAAAUUAAAAGUAUUUCAUGCUUACUUCCCGAAGGAUUUAAAUGUAUUGACCAUCGAAAAUCAAAAGCUUAUAUAUUUCACAAUUUACAAUCAUAUUGUCGCUGUACAGGAUUACGAUAUCUCAUCAUUACCUCGCCUUAAAUCAUCUAUAACAUUGCUAAAACCCACAUUUCCGAUUGUCUCUUUUACUGAAGAGGAUUAUGGUUUACAUAAGGUUACCGAAGGUAAAGUGCAAAUUCAUUAUGUGGAAGGUAAUCACAUCACAAUGAUGGACAACGACAAAAUCAUAUCAACUAUUAACGAAGAAUGGGUAGAAGAUAAUAUAAUACAAUAUAAGGAGGAGGAGGAGGAGGAGUAAUAUAAUAUGUAUACUU